AUGAUUAGGCUGCGAUCAGGGGUGGCACGACGGAAAGGAGAAGACGGAGGAGCACUGAAGGUCAAGUGUGAAAUGCGACAGUCCAUCUUUCAAAAGGAUCCACAGCAUCCCAUCUUUGAUGGCUUGGAUCAAAUUCGUUUUCGUGCUCUUUUCGCGCUUGCCCUUGGUUGCGAUGCAUUGCCUGGAGGUAUUGAUGGUUUUGGAGCAAAGAAAGCAAGCAUAAUCAGAUCAAAAAUUGAUUUCAGCGCGGACCCAGCAGUUGCCAAGGAAGAGUUACUGAAACAUCUAGUGGCUGCUUCAUUGAUUUCAAAACCCAAGAUUUACAGGCAUGUUCCAGCAGGACUCACACGAGAAGACUUCAUCUGCCUGUCAGACAGUCUCAUCUACGAGCCAACACAUAGUGGAUACUUGACCGGCCACAAGCCAGCAGCAUUAGAAAAAUACAAUAUUGACUUUGCAGAGGAGGGUGCUGGUGUCGCAUGCCGGAGCAAUGGAGCAGCAUCUGAGACUUGUAAGGGGUGCUUCUCUUACGGUCAUCAUGCUUUUCUAAAAGCCGAAGACGCACACCAGUGCAACUUUUGCAAACACCCAGUCUGCCGUUCUUGCCUUUGGGAUCCGUCAUUGCGAAACAAGAAUACUCUGAAGAAAGAAACAAGGACAUCAGUCCCAAAUCAAUCUACCCAUAAAGAGAUUGCCAUCAAUCCCGACUAUAGGGCAGUACAAGUUUGCCUUGAUGCACUAGAGGAUGUUGAAGCUCUUUCACGGUUGCAAUCAAAGGAACCACCAACAUUCACUCCAAUUGGUUUUGAGCUACUUGACUACCGUGUAUCAAACACCGUACCAUUGCAUGAAAGAAAGAGUCCAGGAUACAAGAAGGAGGUAGAGGACGCUAAAAUUAGAUUGAAUUUGGCACUGCUCCACGCCAACAAGAAGAACAGCCGUGGUUAUUGGAGGCGUUCGCAAGCUGAGCCAACAAAGCAAAGCCCCGUGUCCACAACUGUUAUUUGUCCUCCUACAAAGCGACUGCGGCUCACAACUUCUGGUGGCAAAGAGAAGCGAAAACGACGUUGCUGCGCAAAGUGGUGCAACAACGUUGCAUAUCUUCCUCAUACGGUGCCAAUUGUAAGAAGACCAAAAUUAGAGGGAGUUAUUGACGGCGAAGAUGAAGAUGCUGCCAAGAAGCGCGCUGCAAAGAAUGACUCAAAAAUGAUCAGGUGCAAACAGAGUGAAUGCAUUCGAAAUGAAAUACGUGAACGUCUGGGUCAUCAAAGAGUUCCACCAAGAGGACAGGAAAAUGCUGACAUGCGCUACUGCGAUGACCACCAAAUGGAAUGGGUGACAAACAAAAGCACCACUUGUAGACUGACGGAUGGAUCAACAAAAUGUAUCAGGGUUAAAGGUUUUAUGGCACCAAUUGGUACUGGGGGAAAAGGAUUUCGUACCCCAACUAAAACUCUAAGCAAAGGUGUGAGUUCUGACAGACUACUGUUUCGGCAGAUCCACGAAACAAAAACAUGUAGCCAAUUUGCAUCGGCUAUGCAGCAGCGCCACGAAGUGGAGGAUGUUGUGCUGGGGAAUCAGUCAUGGGAUGACAUUAACAAGCGAUUGAUUGCAGCAGCAGGACUUGAUGUACACUGUGGGAACACUGGCACACCAAAA